UAUGUUUUAGGUUGUAGAUUGGAUGUCAAAAAUUUGGAAACUUGGGACAAUUGGACCAACCAUUCCAUCCAUGUACUUGGACAGAAGGCUAAAACACAACGAAGAUUAUGGUCUACAACUCUAACAUCCAAACACAAGCGCAUGCAUGAGAUGGCUAAACACUAAACCAAAUGGCUCGGUGGUCUAUGUCUCAUUUGGGAGCUUGGCUGAGGUUGGAGUUGAACAAAUGGCUGAGAUAGCUUGGGGCUUAAUAGGAACCAAUGCCUACUUUUUAUGGGUCGUGAGAGAACCAGAAGAGCCCAAGCUACCCGAUAAUUUCAAACACAUGACUCGAGAGAAGGGUUUGAUUGUUCGAUGGUGCCCUCAAUUGGAGGUCCUAAAACACGGGUCUGUAGGUUGUUUUGUCAGCCAUUGUGGCUAUAAUUCGGUGCUUGAGGCAUUGGGUUUAGGGGUUCCAAUGGUGGCAAUGCCGCAAUGGGCAGACCAAGCCACUAAUGCAAAGCAUGUUGAAGACGUUUGGGGGGUUGGGGUUAGAGCUUUGGUUGAUGAGAAAGGUAUUGUGAGAAGAGAGACAAUAAAACAGUGCAUAAAUGAAGUAAUAAUGGGAGGCAAAAGGGGCAAUGAGAUUAAGAAGAAUUCAAUCAAGUGGAAGAAUUUGGCUAUAAAGGCAGCCGAUCAUGGUGGAAGUUCGGACAAGAACAUUGAUGAGUUUGUAGCUAAAAUUACAUCCUAGUUUGCUAUAAACUUCUUUAUGGAUUAAAUCGAGACUAGUCGAAUAAUAAUUUGAGUAUUUUCAAUAUUUUCAUCUAAGUUCAAACCUUGCUGAACCUAAGCUCAAUAUACUCUCUGUCAAUUACUUCCGCUCAUUGUUUAUUAAUAAAGUGAUAAAUUGAUUUUUCAAUAA